AUGGCCUCCAUGGGGAUGCAGGUGCUGGGCAUCGCCCUCUCCGUCAUCGGCUGGUUGGCUUCCAUCCUCUGCUGCGCGCUGCCCAUGUGGCGGGAGACGGCCUUCGUCGGGAACAACAUCGUGGUGGCGCAGAUCAUCUGGGAAGGGCUGUGGAUGAGCUGCGUGGUGCAGAGCACGGGGCAGAUGCAGUGCAAGGUCUACGACUCGCUGCUGGCCCUGCCACAGGACCUGCAAGCCGCCCGUGCCAUGGUGGUGGUGGCCAUCGUCCUGGCCAUCCUGGGCACCCUGCUGGCCGUCGCCGGGGGCAAGUGCACCAAUUGCGUGGAGGACGACACCGCUAAAGCCAAGGUCAUGAUCCUCUCCGGCAUCAUCUUCAUCGUCGCCGGUGUCCUCAUCCUCAUCCCCAUCUCUUGGUCAGCCAACAGCAUCGUGCAGGACUUCUACAACCCGCUGGUCUCUGACUCGCAGAAGCGGGACCUGGGCUCGUCCCUCUACGUGGGCUGGGCGGCCUCGGCGCUGCUGCUGCUCGGGGGGGGCAUCCUGUGCUGCACCUGCCCCCCCCGCGGGGACAAGCCCUACUCCGCCAAAUUCACGGCUGCUCGCUCGCUGCCAGCCAGCAACUACGUGUAG